GAGCCCUGCGGGGAGGGCCGGUCUCGCGGCCCGGCCUGCAGGUCCAGGCCGGUGCGGUGGUGGGGCAGCAUGAAGUGUCUGGUGACGGGUGGCAACGUGAAGGUACUGGGCAAGGCGGUCCACUCCCUCUCCCGCAUCGGGGACGAGCUCUACCUGGAGCCCUUGGAGGAUGGGCUGUCCCUCCGGACCGUGAACUCCUCCCGCUCGGCCUACGCCUGCUUCCUCUUCGCCCCACUCUUCUUCCAGCAGUACCAGGUGGCCACCCCUGACCAGGACCCAGCCCGCUGCAAGGUCCUGAUGAAGUCAUUCCUGUCGGUCUUCCGUUCGCUGGCGAUGCUGGAGAAGACCGUGGAAAAGUGCUGCAUCUCUCUGAACGGCCGGAGUAGCCGCCUGGUGGUCCAGCUGCACUGCAAGUAUGGGGUGAGGAAGAUCCAUAACCUGUCCUUCCAGGACUGCGAGUCCCUGCAAGCCGUCUUUGACCCAGCUUCAUGCUCCCAUGUACUCCGCGCCCCGGCCAGGGUCCUGGGGGAGGCUGUCCUGCCCUUCCCCCCUGCUCUGGCUGAAGUGACACUGGGUGUUGUCCGGGGCCCCAGGGUGAUCCUUCGCAGCUACCUGGAGGAGGAGGAGGCAGUGACAGCCGGUGUCCUCAGACCCAUGGUGACCGAGAUGAGCCUCCGAGAGGAGGACUUCCAGGAGCUGCAGGCCCAGGAAGGGGUGGCCAUCACUUUCUGCCUCAAGGAAUUCCGGGGGCUUCUAAGUUUCGCAGAGUCCACAAAUCUGUCUCUCAGCAUUCACUUUGAUGUGCCAGGCAGGCCGGCCAUCUUCACCGUUGAAGACUCGCUGCUGGACGGCCACUUUGUCCUGGCCACGCUCUCAGAGCCGGACUCACAGCCACAGGGCUUGGGCACCCCGCAGCUACCAGCACCUCCGCUUCAGGCUCCCAGCACACCCCACCUGGACGACUUCACUAGCGAUGACAUCGACUCCUUCAUGAUUGCCAUGGAAACCACUGUGGGCAGCGAUGCCUCAAGGGCACAGCUGCCCCCCUCCCUCUCCCCAGGCCCCCAGCCACCCUGUAGCCCAGAUUCAAACUCAGAGGAGGCCGAGCCCAGCACAGUGCCUGGGACCCCCCCACCAAAGAAGUUCCGUUCCCUCUUCUUUGGCUCCAUCUUGGCCCCCGCCUACUCCCCACAGGGCCCCAGCCCUGUGCUGGCUGAAGACAGCGAGGGUGAGGGCUGAGAUGGCCCCAAGAGGCCUUAGGAACCUGGACGAGGUCAAAGGCAGCCUCCCCCACCCACUGCUGGGCCUUGUCCAGUUGUUGGGGUCGCUUGGAGCUUAUCUUCUCUGACCCCAGCCAAUCAUGUCUGCUCCAGGCCCAGUGCUGACUGUCAUGAAAGCCCAUGCCUUCAGUCACCAGGGGCCUCCGGCCUCAGGCCACCAGUCUGGCCUGGGCUGAGUCCCAGUGGGACUGUGGCAUGAGAGCUCCAUCUCUUAUCGUGACUGUGCCCCCUGGCACGCCCCCGCCCCCUACACACACACACUCUUUUUCUGCUUUCCUAACACCAGGGCCCUGUCUUGGCAUUCGAACUGCCUAUGUGGUCUGUGUGUGUGGCCAGGGCCCAGUGCCCGGCAAGGCUUCCCUCCCAGUGGCAGAUGGCCUGCCAGGACAAGGGAGACAGAGGCCAAGGCAAGAAUCCAGCUUUGAUCUUUAUUCAAGAGACCAGACGGCUCGCUCGCCCCAGGAUCCGGCUGCCAGUCCCGAGGGCCCAGUCUGUGGGGCCUACGGCUUGGCGUGCCUCCUUUUACCCUGAGCUGCAGCCUCAGCCCCAAGCCCCGGCUGGAGCCCAGCAGGCGCAGGGAACCCUGGGGAUUGGGCACUGCUAUUGAUUCAUUAAAAAACAAAACAAAAAACA